AUGACGCUGUUCAAUCAAUUGAAUUUCUACGCAGUCCCACCCCUGAAGGGGGAUAAUCAAUUCCCAACCGUGUUGAAGAUUGAGCUGGGAAUCUUAUCUGGGCGCCUCUAUCUCGAUUUUGAGGAGUACAGUGAGACAAUGCAGUACCUCAGAAUAGUUGGUACUUGCGCUACCGGUGCAGAAGAAUCAGGCAGUACUGCAGUCGAUGAACGUGGUAAGUUUGCAGAUGACCCUCUCGGACUUUUGCAGGGGUGGUUAGCCAUGACUAGAAAAGGUCGGGAGUUUGGACAUACCCCUGCGGGCUACAUUUGUCAAGGACGACAGCUUUCCAAGAAUCAUUCUGCCUUCAGGUGGAGCACCACCGAUAUGCUCAUGGCUGAAGAUAUCUCCCGGCUACAUGUCAAUGAUGAUGAUACGAGCAUAAAUGGACAUGAAGACAGUGAAACUUUUGACUAG